AUGCCGGCCGUCCAUAAAUUGCUUUUAGAGGAGGCUUUGCAGGACAGUCCUCAGGUAGGUCUAUACUAUUUUCAUGUUAUGUGCUGUUAUUGAGAGGAAAGGUCUUGUAGGAGAUGCCACAUUGGCCAGUCCAGCUCCACUGUUGUAGGCUAUUUACUCUGCUCGACGAUGAAUGACAGCUUUGAAUUGCCUCAUUGUUAUAGGAAUGUAGCCUAUUCCACUCAUUGGCUAUGUAUCCGAUACAAAGUUGAUACAAUGUGUCACAAGUCGUAAUUGUUAUCAGGAACAAAUGCCGCCUCAUAUUUGCAUAUUGCUCGAGAUUCGAGAAGGGAUUUCCCUGUCUAGUCUUGAGCAGUGUCGUGAUGAGUCGCGCAUCGCCCCAUAAGUAGUUCGGCUGUUGAUAAAUUAUGCGUCAAAACAUCGAUUCGUUGUUUAUUGUGACAGUCUCAGUCUUCUUUGGACGAUAAUGGGGUGCGAUUGACAUGGAUGAUUUGUUUGACAAAAUAAGUGUUCAUAUCUGUUGGUUUUGAAAAGACCCCGAUUUGGGCCUAUUUUACGGGCUGUGGGAGGGGGUUUUGAGUAUUAGAAUCCAUUGGAAUUGGUCAAUAGCCUUUAUGGACUGCACAUGUGGAAUAACUUUUUUUAAGGCACUGAGUAAACCUAAUUGUCCUCAAUAGCUUUGGUGGUGUGGAAAUGUAAUCCAGUUAAUCGGUUUAGUUUACUGUUAUUAAGUCUUAAUAACGCUAACUGUAAUACUACUUCAUAUCAGUUAGGCUAAGAGUCUUCUUGAUAUCGUCCACUUGCAGACACAACCAAAUGUAGGCUACAUUUCUUUAGGCGAGGCUACUUCACUGGCACUUAUGCUACAAUAGGCUGUGUCAGAAAAAUCUAGCAUACAUGAAUUCACAUUAUUUUGUCAUCUUCAAUAUAUAUGUAGCUUAUGGCUGGCUCCUCUGAGUUUGAUUAAAUUCAACAUAUUCCUGGGGUUGAUGUCUUGCUCUGCAUAGUUCAGCAUAGUUCUUCCUCUUCAAAUCAAGGAAUCCAUUUGAGUGAGUCACAUUUCAAGAAGCAAAUCUGAAUUACAUUUUCAAUCGCCACAGUAAUGCAUCUGAUAUGAAUAUAGGCUAUGCCUACAAAUGGUGUGUAAAUAUGAACCUAUACACAAGAUAAGGCUGUGUGCCUCUUUGCUGCACCAAUACCAGCUUAGGGACAGAUCGAAAUGUACUGGGUGGAGGGGCUGGUCCAACUCAAGGUGUCAUAAAAAAAAAGCACCCCCCCUCCCCAAAGUAAAACAUAUUUUCACAUGACCCUCCCCUUGUACUGUACAAUAAAUUGAACACCCCCUUCAAAUAAUUACGACCACAAAUAACAAUAACUGUAGCGACCCUGUGUUUAUAAACGUGGAUAUCGACUUUGCCACUUCAUCAUGCUUUUGUGGCACAGCCGAUGCCACGCAGGGCUAUGGGCCAGAAGGUUGAGGGUUCGCCGACCACCACAGACAAGCUCACUCUCCCUGCCUGUUUCAAUACACUACGAUCAGAGCCGGCUGCAGACAAUGAUCAGCUGGGGGGAAAUCAGAUUUUCAACAUUUUGAUGCCAUAUUUAUAAUUAUAUAAAAUAUAGGCAACACAUUUUCCAUCAAGAGGUUUCUGUGCCAAUGCACUACACAACUAAUAAACAAAGCUUACUGACUUCGGGCACUUCAAGGUCACCAAGAACACAGUGGCCUCCAUCAUUCUUAAAUGGAAGAAGUUUGGAACAAAGACUCUUCCUAGAGCUGGCCGCCUGGCUAAACUGAGCAAUUGGGGACUAAGGGCCUUGGUCAGGGAGGUGACCAAGAACCCGAUGUUUACUCUGACAGUGCUCCAGAGUUCCUCUGUGGAGAUGGGAGAACCUUCCAGAAGGACAACCAUCGCUGCAGCACUCCACCAAUCAGGCCUUUAUGGUAGAGUGGCCAGGUGAAAGCCACUCCUCAGUAAAAGGCACAUGACAGCCCGCUUGGAGUUUGCCAAAAGGCACCUAAAGACUCUCAGACCAUGAGAAACAAGAUUCUCUGGUCUGAAGAAACCAAGAUUGAACUCUUUGGCCUGAAUGCCAAGCGUCACAUCUGGAGGAAACCUGUCCCUACUGUGAAGCAUGGUGGUGGCAGCAUCAUGCUGUAGGGAUGUUUUUCAGCGGCAGGGACUGGGAGACUAGUCAGGAUCGAGGCAAAGAUGAACGGAGCAAAGUACAGAGAGAUCCUUGAUGAAAACCUGCUCCAGAGUGCUCAGGACUUCAGACUGGGGUGAAGGUUCACCUUUCACCUUGUAGCGUCAUACCCAAGAAUACUCAAUGCUGUAAUCACUGCCAAAGGUGCUUCAACAAAGUACUGAGUAAAGGGUCUGAAUACUUAUGCAAAUGUGAUAUUUCCGUUUUUUAUGUUGAAUAAAUUAACAAAAAUGUAUAAAAACCUGUUUUUGCUUUGUCAUUAUAGGGUAUUGUGUGUAGAUUGAUGAGGGAAAAAAACAAUUUAAUCAAUUUUAGAACAAGGCUGUAAUGUAACAAAAUGUGGAAAAGGUCAAGGGGUCUGAAUACUUUCCGAAGGCACUUUGUGUGUAUAUAUAUAUAUAUACCAGCCAAAAGUUUCGACACCUACUAAUUCCAGGGUUUUUCUUUAUUUUUACUAUUUUCUACAUUGUAGAAUAAUAGUGAAGACAUCAACACAAUGAAAUAACACAUAUGGAAUCAUGUAGUAACCAAAAAAGUGUUAAACAAAUCUAAAUAUAUUUUAUAUUUGAGAUUAUUCGUAAUAGCCACCCUUUGCCUUGAUGACAGCUUUGUACACUCUUGGCAUUCUCUCAACCAGCUUCAUGAGGCAGUCACCUGGAAUGCAUUUCAAUUAACAGGUGUGCCUUGUUAAAAGUAAAUUUGUGGAAUUUCUUUCCUUCUUAAUGUGUUUGAGCAAAUCAGUUGUGUUGUGACAAGGUAGGGGUGGUAUACAGAAGAUAGCCUUAUAGGGAAAAUACAAGCAGAAAAGCGAAUGUAAACCAGGGAAAAAACGCACUACAUUCCCCUGUGCCCCCAAAAAAACACACAACCCUCCCCUGUGCCCCCAAAAAACCACACAACCCUCCCCUGUGCCCCCAAAAAACCACACAACCCUCCCCUGUGCCCCCAAAAAACCACACAACCCUCCCCAAAGCAAAAAGUUUGACAAUCCUCCCGUAUUUUGGACCACCCCUCCCCCUUUACAUUUCGAUCUGUCCCUUACCACACCACACCUUUCUCGAGACAAUUACAGGUGAAAAACAGAUUAAUUACAGGUGAACAAGCAGGCUAAAGGUCAUAAAAGCCCCAUAAUUAGGACUAAGUCAGCAUCUGUCUGUCUGUUUGUCUGUCUGCCUGCCUGUUGAUCCUAUUGUCCGUCUCAGUCUCCCUGGCUGUCACUGAUCAUAUAUUUCAGUAUGUCCCUCUCUGUCUGCUUCACAGACUCGCUCUUUGCUCAGUGUGUUUGAGGAAGAUGCGGGAACACUCACAGACUACACCAACCAGCUGCUUCAGUCUAUGCAGAGGGUGUAUGGAGCCCAGGUAACACACACACAGUCACGCACACAAACAAAAGCCUGUGUCCGAUCCAAUUAGAAGAGUCAUUGAUUUUUUUAUGAGAGCAUACAAUAACUUAGUUUGCAUGAUGUGUGCCGUUUCUGAGAGUUAGUUUCCUGUAAGAGGGGUCAUCCAGGGGAUAAACAGCUAAUAACAUCACUUCCUGUGUUCGUCAGAGUGAGAUGGGAUUGGCUACAGAACAGCUGUCCAGACAGCUACUGGAAUAUGAGAAGCAAGUAAGUAUUUUCUUACUGAGAAUAUUGGGCAACACUCAUGCACUUAACUGCGGUGUUUUGUGAUGCACCUGCUGCCUAACAUUAUUUCAGAAAGCACAAAACUCAGCAUUCUACCAUUGGAUUUAUAAGCAUUUUGGCCCUUUUACAGGAGAAGGCAACAUGCCAGCACUUUGAUGAAAAUUGUGUAUUUUUAACAUAAUAGCCUCAAGUGUAUUACUCUUUGGAAUGUGCUAGAGGAAGUGCUUUUUGGAAUGUUUAAGUCAUCUAUUUUUUCCUCCAGAAUUUUGCCCUUGGUAAAGGUGAUGAGGAGGUGAUCAGCACACUGCAGCAAUUUGCUAAAACUGUGGGGGAGGUGAGGCUCAUGCAUCAGUGCGCGUGUGUUUGUGUUACUGUGUUUGUGUGCAAAUAGGGGAUGUAUUGCAUGUAUAUGGGGGUGCAACAGUCUUGGAAUCUAUGGAGGUAAAAAGAGAACAAAAAUGUGAUAUACCAAAAAUCCCCUGUCACAUUUGUAUACAUUGGGAGUUGAAUAAUAGGUUUCCCCUUAUCAUUACAAUGAACACAUUUAAUCAUUGGAGCUUUCAUAAGUUCUCUGUAGAGGCUAUGGGGCGCAGGCUGCUAGGAUGAGAGAGGUAGACAGGUGGAGGUGGAGCCAGGUAGAGAAUCACUCUGGCUGGCCUGGAGGUGUAGUCUAGUGGUGGGAGUGUUUGGACAGAUGGACUGAGCAGCAGGGGUCUGUGGGCCUCGCUAGCCUGUGGUGGAGUGGCAUUAGAGUAGCCACAAACAAAUGAGGUCAUUGUUUGCCCUUCUAGCCGAACAACUCUGGCCUAGAGCAUGCAUCCAUCUCCCUGCAGGUUAUACCUAAUCCUGCUCUGACCUUUGUUCCAUAGUCCACAAUAAACUGAAGAGGUCUUAGGUUUUCCACAGUGUUUACUUGAUAGAUGAUUUAGCACUUAUCUGAAUUUGGCUUCUUUAAAUAUCACUCACAUUAAUUAAUCUGUUAGUAACUAAAUGCACCAACCAGUCCAAGUCGAGGAUAACUGCAUAGGGUAUUAUGCUUAAUAUUGAUAACAAAUUACAGGAUUAAAUUAAUCUGCAGACCAAGAAAAUGCGUUUUGGAUGGCUCUCAAAUUGCAGAAUGGGGAUAGAUCCGAAUCCGAAUCAGAAUGUGAUAAUCAGUUAUUUUAAUUGCUUUUGAACUCACUUUUGAACCACAAUCAAUCAACCCCUGCUGUUUUCAGGGAUUACGGGAGAGCCAAGGAUGCCUCUGGGUAAUUUAGUUUUGUUGUAAGGCUGAGUGUGUCUGUCUCUGUUCUCUGUCCUCCCCAGCUGAACACACUACACUCAGAGCUGGCCACUCAGAUGGCUGACAGAAUGAUUUUUCCCAUGAUCCAGUUCAGAGAGAAGGACCUUACAGGUAGACACAAUUUACAAACACCUGCUUAUCAGCCCGUUGCUUUCACACAUUUUGAAUACAAUUUGCAUGUGUUUGAUUCUGACAUUUUGCUUUGUCAUGGUUUUUGACACAUUGAAUCUGUAUUUGAUUUCUCAGAGAUAAGCACAUUAAGAGAAGUAUUUGGCAUCGCCUGUGAUGGUAUGUAUGUUGUAACAUUUGAUACCAUUUUGUUUUGUUUUGUUAUAACACAGCAGCUGAUCAUCAGACUCAUGUCCACUCCUUCCCCCUCACAGAGCACGAGGCUGCCAUGGUCAAGUACAGCAGACUGCCCAAGAAGAAGGAGAAUGAGAAGGUAGUGAUGGGGACUGAUGUGUACUAGCCAAACCUCUAACAGUACAACAAUGCACUAGAAGUGUCUGUAGGCUGUAGGCUUGGAUGAGCUCUUUAAGGUCAGGGCCCUCAGCAAGGCUCACAAAAUCAUUUUAGACCCAAGCCACCCCCUGUACCUGGACUUUGAACUACUCCCCUCUUUGAACUACUCCCCUCUGGGUGCAGGUAUAGGGCACCCCUCUGUAGGAAAAACAGAACUAGAUAAUAAUUUGUGCCAGGUGUGAUAUCCCCCCUAAACAGCUUGGGCUAAUGUUCCUAUCGACCCAGUAAGGCCAGCAGGCUUCUCUUUUAUUGGUAUGUAACUGUUAUGAAUGUUUCAUUGUCAAUUUGUUUUCUACUGUAUUUAAAUGCCACUUUAAACGUGUACAUGAUACUGCAACAAAAAUGUCCCCAUGGGGACAAUAAAGUCAGUAAAGUAAAGCUGGUACUAUUAGAUGACAUCAUGUGCUACUGUAUAACUGUCUCAUAAUAGUUGAGAGGUCAUGACAUACUUAAGUUUAGAGGUCAUGUUGCUCUAUUUAGCUCUCCCACUGAUUAACUGGGUAUUUGGGUUAUUAAUUACUUGCGUUAGUGUGUGUGUAUGCGUGCGUGUGAGCGCAUAUAAUUGUGUGUGUGUCUCACGAACUACUGUGUUGUGGUGCAGGUGAAGGCAGAGUUGGUGGGGGAGGUGGCCUACUCCAGGAGGAAGCAGCACCAGGCCUCCAUGCAGUAUUACUGUGCCCUCAACACCCUGCAGUACCGCAAGAGAGUAGCCAUGCUGGAGCCCAUGCUAGGAUACACUCAGGCCCAGGUACAAUCACCAUAGCCUAUAUCACACACCCAAACCCCUACUACAGGUAUGACUGUAAGUCGCUUUGGAUAAAAGCGUCUGCUAAGUGGCAUAUUAUAUUAUUAUUAUAUUAUAGUAAACCAGUCGUUAAACCAAUAUCAACACACUCUUUACUCCUACCGCAAGUCAGCUAUGUAAAUAAACCAGGAUACCACACAUUGCUGUGGUCCCACAGCAAGUCAGAACUGGAGAAGCAAUGAAUGCACAGAUGUCUUCUCUCUUUGUGUCCCUCUCAGAUCCACUUCUAUAAGAAAGGCAUGGAUCUAGUCUCGAAGAAAAUGGACAGCUUCCUGGUGUCAGUGUCCAGCAUGACACAAAGUAUCCAGGCUCAGUUGGACUCGGAGGCUGAGGCCAUGCGUCUGACCCAGAGAGAGCUGCUCUCCAUGGAGGAUACGGUGUACAUGCCCGACCGCGACCCCGUCCCUGUCAACCGCACGCUUAUACAGAAGGCAGGCUACCUCAAUAUUAGGAAGUAAGGAUAACUUUGAUUUCAUUAAUUGAUUCAAGGGUGUUUGCUUAAAUUUGGUCUACCGUUAUAUGAUGUCUGUCUUCUCCUUGUUUGAUGGUUUCAGGUCUUUCAUAGUGUUGAGUUGGUAUCAAGCAUGACAUUCUGGUGUCUACAGGUCUCGUUUUUAUUCCCUAUCAAAGGAAACUUUAGUUGCACCUGUUUUAAUCCAUUAAACUCCAAUAAAAAUGUGUCUCAAAGUUACACUCGUUGUUCUUCAGAGAAAACAAUUUGUUUGUCAACCCUGGCUGUCAGCUACAAUUAUAGUUAAAUAUAAGAAAGUAGAAUUGAGGUAGAAUUGCAGAACCAACAUUGUGCUUUAGUAAAGGCAGGCAGGGAGGCAGGCAGGUAGCCUAGAGGUUAAGAGCAUUGGAUCAGUAGCCGUAAAGGUUGCUGGUUCAAAUCCUGAGCCGACUAGGUGAAAAAUCUGUCAAUGUGCCCUUGAGCAAGGCACUUACCCCUAAUUGCUCUGGAUAAGAGCAUCUGUUAAAUGACUCAAAUGUCAGAUGCAGUCUUUUCCUCCUAUACAUCGCCAGAAAACGCUUGUUUUCGUUAAUGACUAAUGAAUACGGUCCUGUCCUGCUUUCCCCCACAGUAAGACGGGCCUGGUGACCACAGCCUGGGACCGCCUUUACUUCUUUACCCAGGGAGGGAACCUAAUGUGCCAGCCGCGAGGGGCUGUGGCAGGGGGCAUGGUGCUGGACCUAGAUAACAGCUCCGUCAUGGCCGUAGAGUGCGAGGACAGACGCUACUGUUUUCAGAUCACCUCCCCCUCCGGUAAAACGUACGCUAAACCUUCACUAAACCUCCCCAAGACCAUCGUCCAACACAGAGUUGUGAGAAUAAGUUUUAUUGGCCUACAAACAAUGAUGUGCUUUAAGUGUGUUCUUGUGAUGUUGCAGGUCAAUGAUUCUACAAGCAGAGAGCAAAAAGGAAUAUGAGGAGGUAUGUAUCAUAUCAGUCAAACCUUUUGUACCCGUUUGUUUUAUAGGCUUCUUCCAUCCAUGUGUUAAAAGCCAUUGCUACAUAUUCAUUCAUGCAAGUUUUUCUGGCCUGCUUGUCACAAGCUGCAUUAGGGGAGCUAUUUGAACUCUCUGAUGUUUGUUGAGAUAUGGCCGUCUAAUACGGCCAAUACUAGUCUAAUAUUAACCUCUGUUUCUUCUCCCCAGUGGAUUUGCACUUUGAACAACAUUUCCCGACAGAUCUACCUGACUGACAACCCUGAGGUAAAGUAUAUAUUAUAUACCACCUCUAGUUGGUUAUAACGAUACCUAUCAACUAAAAUAAAGUAGUGGUAAAUCAGUAAUUUUUCCUAGCACUUAAAAGCAGUUGUGAUGAAUAAUCAAUACUACAGAUGUAGGAUCUUCAUUUGAUCACCCUGUUGCAGGAGCGCUUUCCUGCAAUGCAGGACAUUUUAAACUUGUAGUGUAUUUGAGGUUUAAAAAGGCUUUUGAAGUUUGUUAAUUCCACUUUAAAAUGUUAGACUUGAUUUUCCCUUACAAAAAAAAUGUGCCAACCCCUACAAAAAUGUCCAUGAAUUAUAAUCCACAUAAUAAUUCACAUUUCCUGUUGCUACAGGAUUAUGUUCCUGCUGUAGCAAACUGGCUCAAAUUAUGAUCUUACAUCUGUAUGUUGUAAUAAGGCGAAGACACACCCUUUGUUUUUACACCAAGCCCAUUCUAUCUGAGUAGCAGCAGGGCACUGUGAUUUCUGUGGGCACAGUGAUCGACUGAUAGAGAACAGGAUGUUUCCAGCUCCAGAGUCCGGUCCGGUCUGUUUUAAGCACAUUUCCUGAUUGUUUUAGAGAUGAUCGCUCCCAUGAGAUAUGUCUGAACUGUGAUCUAGUGUUUUAUGACACAGACCUAGUCUUAUCUAGUGACCCUGAGGAGUCCACAUUAUCAGAGGCUGCUACUUCCACCCAGUUGAACUUCCACCCAUUCCCCCGGUACAUAGCAACACAGACUGAGACAAUCUAUCUAUACUGUGUAUGUGUAUGCAUGCAUGCUUGUGUGUGCAUAUGUGUGCUUGCACCAGUGGGUUCUGCGUAUUUGGAUGUGUGCUUUGCAUCGUCUGUUCUGUUGCUUCCUCUCUGCCCUCAUGGCUCCCUAAUGCCCCUCAGUAAUUUGUUUAUUCCAAACGUAAUUAGAAGCAUUCUAAAUCUGGCACAAAUCAGACCAGGAAGCAUGAUGCAAACAACUGGUGGGUCAGUGUAGGGUCAAGUACUGCAUCCAAUGGAUACUUUUGAUAGGCCUAUAUGGUGUACAUAGCCUGUUAUGUAUUAUGUAUGUCUUAUUUAUAUACAGUACCAGUCAAAAGUUUGGACACACUUACUCAUUCAAGGUUUUUUCUUUAUUUUUCUAUUUUCUACAUUAAAAUAACACACAUGGACUCAUGUAGUAACCAAAAAAGUGUUAAACAAAUCAAAAUACAUUUUAUAUUUUAUAUUCUUCAAAGUAGCUUCCCUUUGCCUUGAUGACAUCUUUGCACACUCUUGGCAUUCUCUCAACCAGCUUCACUUGGAAUGCUUUUCCAACAGUCUUGAAGGAGUUCCCACAUAUGCUGAGCACUUGUUGGCUGCUUUUCCUUCACACUGCGGUCCAACUCAUCCCAAACCAUCUCAAUUGUGUUAAGGUCGGGUGAUUGUGGAGGCCAGGUCAUCUGAUGCAGCACUCCAUCACUCUCCUUCUUGGUCAAAUAGCCCUUACACAGCCUGGAAGUGUGUUGGGUCAUUGUCCUGUUGAAAAGACAAUGAUAGUCCCCCUAAGCACAAACCAGAUGGGAUGGCGUACUACUGCAGAAUGCUGUGGUAGCCAUGCUGGUUAAGUGUGCCUUGAAUUCUAAAUAAAUCACUGAUAGUGUCACCAGCAAAGCACCCCCACACCAUCACACCUCCUCCUCCAUGCUUCACAGUGGUGUAUACCCCACAAGGUGGUGUAUACCCCACCACCUUGUCACAACACAACUGAUUGGUUCAAACGCAUUAAGAAGGAAAUUCCACAAAUUAACUUUUACCAAGGCACAACUGUUAAUUGAAAUGCAUUCCAGGUGACUACCUCAUGAAGCUGGUUGAGAGAAAGCCAAGAGUGUGCAAAGCUGUCAUCAAGGCAAAGGGUGUGUGGUGAGUGAUUUUGAAGGAGUCAGGCGCAGGAGGGUAAAUCACAGAAUAAAGGGUUUAUUCCGAAAACACAGCGGUACGCAGCAAUGCGUCAAACACUCCAGUGCGGAAAUCAGGCGCACUGGGAAACAACAAGGCACAACAAGGGUGAAAUAUCCCGGCUAAACAAAAUACAAGGAGCUCCACCGAGCUAAACUAACCUCCACAAUAAACAAUCACACACAAAGACAAGGGGGCAGAGGGAACACUUAUACAGGUACUGAUGAGGGGAUAUGAACCAGGUGUGUGUAAUAAACUAGACAAAACAAAUGGAAUGAUGAGAUGAGGAGCGACAGUGGCUAGAAGGCCAGUGACGACGAACGCCGAAGCCUGCACGAACAAGGAGAGGAGGCAGCUUCGGAGGAAGUCGUGACAGGGUGGCUAUUUGAAUAAUCUCAAAUAUAAAAUAUAGUUUGAUUUGUUUAACACUUUUUUGGUUACUACAUGAUUCCAUAUGUGUUAUUUCAUAGUUUUGAUGUCUUCACUAUUAUUCUACAAUAUAAAAAAAUUAAAAAAUAUAGAAAAACCCUUGAAUGAGUAGGUGUGUCCAAACUUUUGACUGGUAGUGUGUAUAUAUAUAUAUAUAUAUAUUAUAUAUAUAUAUAUAUAUAUAUAUAUAUACCAAACAUUAGGAUCACCUUCCUAAUAUUGAGUGGCAUGGACUCUACAAGGUGUUGAAAGCGUUCCACAGGGAUGCUGGCCCAUGUUGACGCCAAUGCUUCCACAGUGGUGUCAAUUUGACUGGAUGACCUUAGGGUGGUGGACCAUUCUUGAUACACACAGGAAACUGUUGAGCGUGAAAAACCCAGCAGCGUUGCAGUUCUUGACGCAAACCUGUGCCCCUGUCACCUACUACCAUACCCCGUUCAAAGGCACUUAAAUAUUUUGUCACGCCCAUUCACCCUCUGAAUGGCACACAUACACAAUCCAUGUCUCAAUUGUCUCAAGGCUUAAAAUCCUUCUUUAACCUGUCUCCUCCCCUUCAUCUACACUGAUGUAAGUGGAUUUAACAAGUGCCAUCAAUAAGGGAUCAUAGCUUUCACCUGGUCAGUCUAUGUCAUGGAAAGAGCAGGUGUUCUUAAUGUUUUGUUUAUUCAGUGUAUUUGAUCACAGACAUCUGCCAUGCCUGCCUCAACCUAUAAUGUUCUCAAUAGAAUUAGCCAAACUACGCCCUCUUGUGGCACCAUGUGUUACUCACAGAGCAUAACGUUAGGACUGUUAUCAUUAUUACAGUGUAAUGAGAGAAGCUGCACCCUGUUCCCCUCUUUAGGCGGUGGCCAUCAGACUGAACCAGACAGCCAUCCAGGCGGUCACUCCCAUCACCAGCUUUGAGAAGAGAGGAGAGGGCUCGCCCAACCCAGACAGGUUAGCCUCUCAUGCAGAGGAAACACCUUGCUUUUCCUGGAAAAUAAAGAGUAUCUGCAUGUGUUAUUUCAGGAAUUCUGAUAGUACACUCAUCAUACUUUUUGUAUCUCUUUUUCACUCACUCCGUCUCUCUCGUCCUCUCCCUCCCUCUCUCUGCAGGGCUAAGCCAGGUGGGGUGCAGUCCUCUAGCAGUGCGUCCCAGAAGAGCUCCAGUGCUCCAGAGCCAGAGGACCUUAUAGUUCCAGGGACACCCAUCCAGUUUGACAUCAUGCUGCCUGCCUCGGAGUUCCAGGACCAGAACAGGGUCGGAGGGAGGUAAAACCGACGCCACAGGAACUGCUGUGACAGAACCAUUUCCUGUUCGCUGAUUUGUACAAUAAUAGCGCUACUAGGUUGAAUUGUGUGCGUUUCCAUCCUGACAGGCGUACAAACCCUUUUGGAGAAACAGAUGAUGACUGCUCCCCUGAAAGCGACGGUAGGAGUGUCUCCAAUCCAGUUUUCAUUUGUGCUCUACUCUUGUGCACUACAUAUCCCCUGAUCCUCUGUCUCCUGAUGUGUGUGCGUGUCUGCAGACUCCCUGCUGCAGCAGGUGUUUGCGGUGCGGUUCCUGGGCUCCAUGGCAGUGUGUUCGGGACAAACCCAGGAAGUGAUCUAUGAGGCUAUGAGACAGGUGCUGGCGGCCCGAGCCAUCCACAACAUCUUCAGAACCACAGAGUCCCAUCUCAUGGUCACCAGCAGCUGUCUCAGGUACAAUUACAGGCCAGACAGGAGGCCCAUGAAAGUGCCUAGGGAGUUUAACCUUGCCACUAUGCUUCGGCUCUGCUUGCAAUGUUGACAAAUUGUGUUUUCUUCACGACAGGUUGAUUGACCCCCGGACACAAGUCACAAGAAUCAGUGUAAGUUCCAUGAAAAUCUUACUUAGUUGACUCUGAUCACAGGAGGUUGGUGGCACCUUAAUUGGGGAGGACGGGCUCGUGGUAAUGGCAUGAGUGGAAUCAGUGGAAUGGUAUCAAACACAUGGUUUGAUGCCAUUCCAUUCUCUCCGUUCCAGCCAUUAUAAUGAGCCAUUCUCCACAGCAGCCUCCACUGACUCUGAUAGUAUACUGUAGUAAUCUAUGUAAUGACUGUGUAUUGUCUGUUACUUAGUGCUUCAUUCCUGGUGAUAGCAGUAGGUAUUCAGUGUUAAUGAAUUCCUUCCUCCCCCUCAGUUCCAGCUACAGGAGGUGACCCAGUUUGCGGCCCACCAGGAGAACGGCAGGUUGAUGGGCUUCGUCGUUGAGGGGCGAGACUGGAGCGAGGGGUCCGAGGAGGGAGAGCCCUCCUUUAGUGCGUUUGUCUUUGAGAGCAACACAGAGGGAGAGAAGGUAGGUAUGAUAAAACACAUUAAUGUGCUGCAUUCAUUAUGUCAGUUUACUAGUCGUUUACUUGCCAUGGGUUAGUCGGUUUCACAAUGUAAUUUGUGUCAUAUCUUUAUUCACAGAUAUGUUACACGAUAAGCUUGGGGAAGGAUAUUAUUGAAGCAAAGAAGGUACGUUUUAAAAUCUCAAUUGUUGAAUUCUCAAUCUAACCCUAUAAUACAUUCAAUACUGUUUGGUAUUUCUAUGCAUCUGAAUCUCUGUCUCUGUGUGUGUGUGUGUAUAUAGGACCCGGAGGCUCUAGCCCAGCUGAUGAAAAACAUGCCUCUGACCAACGAUGGCAAGUUCCUCCUGCUGGACAGCGAGACGAGUGACACGGCUAACGGAGGAGCACCGGAUGAGGAGGAGUCUGAGGCCUAG